CAUAGAAAUGUCAUUAAAAUUUACUUAACCUAUAAAAAAAAUUUAUAAUUACAAAUUUAUUUAUUAAAAUAAAAUGCAAACCUGCCGAUUAUGCUUAAAAUCCCCCGAAGAGCCCCCAAAUAUCCAAUUGGAGUCAUUAUCGACAAAGUGUUACAAUUACAUUGAGUUAAUUCUCCCCGAAAUUGAUUUAAGUUUAACCGAAGCGCCCCGAAUAUGUUAUUUGUGUUUGAAUAGUCUCGAAAAUGCAUAUACCUUUAAAAUUAGAUGUCUCGAAUCAGAAAAACAUCUACAAAGCAUCAAAAAUGACCAUGAUGAAGCGGAUUAUGAAAUUUUAGUGUUUGAAAAUGAAUUUGAAGAAAUUGAAAAUGAAAUAACGUUUGAUGGAAAUACCGCGUUUAAUGAAUUGGAAAAUAAUAAUGUAAAUGAUGAAAUUAUUAAGAAUGAAAUUGAAAUAAGCAAAUAUGAAAUUGUUCCUUACGAAAAUACAAUAUCUAACAUAGAUUAUGAGUCAAAAGAUAGGAAAGGAAUGAAAAGUCUUGAAUCGAUUCAGAGUAAACGAAAGAAGAAAAUUGAUUAUGAUUUUGGGAAAUGCUACAAAUGCAAACAAUGCGGAAAAAAGUACAGUGUUGAGUGCUUAUUACGUCGCCAUAAAUUUAAUGUUAACCUCGAAACGAUUUGCGUUUGCGAGAUUUGUGAUAAAGAGUUUCAAUACGAACGAGAUUUAAUGGCUCAUAUGGAAGUACAUGGUAUUGUUGAUUCCGUUAAGAAGAAACGGUUGAAAUGUUAAGUUAAUUUGAUUAAAUUAAUUGAGGGGUUAUGUUUGUAUGUAUGUCAAAAUUUGUAGGGAUCUAUUGAAAAUCAUUCUUAAUUGAUUAAUGAUUAAUUAUUCUAAUAAAGUUGAAUCGAAUUAA